AUGAAGACUCUUAUAUUUACGCUUCUUUUUUACAUAAUAUCUGUUUUUUCAAAAAGCAUUAGUACUCGAGAUCAUUGGAAAAUAUAUGGUUUUGCCCACAAAGCUGAGACAUGGCAACUUGCUUGUUACUUCAUAACCAUAACAGGUGAUUCAGAUAAUUAUAACUGCACAUAUACAAAUAAGGGAUUAUGUCGAGAAUUAUCUACUGCAUAUGGUGGUUUAGAUACUAUAGAUAGGCGGUUAAAAGAUAUAUGUGCUAAAGUGGAAACUAGAGAAAGCUGCAACGGAUAUAUUAAUGAAGUGAUCGGAGGUGCUAAAGAUCUUCAUCGAGAAUUAUUACAACACAGAGAAUAUUCGCCUCAAGAAUGCAGGACUAUAUUUGGUUUAUGCUCUAUGUUUUGGUCACAUUAUCGUCCUCUUCUUGAGGUAUGCGAACAAAUGAUGGUUUCUUGCGUUGGUCGAACACGUCAAGAUGCAGCCAAUCACAUCCUUUUAAGAGGUCUUCAGAAGGAUUUGAAGGAUCCUGAUUUAUUUAGAGACAAAUUAGGCGGUCUGUGCUACAAACUAGGUGACUUGAGUCCAGAAUUGAGGGGUCUCUGCGUAAACUGGAAAAACACUUGGGAAAUCCUAAAGGAGAUAGCCGGUGAGGAAUGUCCACAAUUAGAAGAGGCUCUUAAAAAUGCGUUGAGAACGGAACAAGUAACUCAUGGGACAUGUCAACUUCUUUCGAGAUGUGCUGGGAUUGGAGAAUGCAGUCUUGAUGUAAAACGGUUGUGUCUUCAGCUUACGACUCAAUGUUUAAUGUUUCGACAUGUGGAUGGAUCAGUUAUGUAUGAUUCUUCAAAGAUUACUGAAUAUGAAGUAAACAAAUUUUUUUUUGGUAUAUACGAGAAAUAUGGUUUUGAUAUUCAGCCUCAUGAUUAUGCUUCACAAUACCCUGAAGAUCCUUCUCUAAGUCUCAUGCUUUAUCGUGAAGGGAGCGGACCGUUUGACCCAUCAUGUCCUAGACAUCUGGGCGAUUGUGACACUCACCGUUCUGAUUCGUAUUUGUUAUCUCAUUGCGAUGGUACUCCACAUGAGAGACGAAAUCUAUGUGAUGGUUUUCAGCGGAGGAUGGAAUAUGAUAAUCCUCAUGGUCACAUUGGUCCUCUUUAUAACAGCUUUUCUCAUAAAAAUACUUCGAAUUAUCGUUCUGAUAAACUCUACAGCUCUUCUUUUUACAAUGGUUAUGAUCGGGAUUUCUGUAGGCAUACCUUAGCAGAUUGUUUUUUUUAUGUCUCUGGGAGUGGCGGUUAUCUUAAACAUAAUUGUGAUAGAGCUCAAUUAAUAUGUACUAAAAAAUCAAUGGCAAGACUGCUUGUUAAGGACGCAUCAAAUCUUCACGAGGAAGACGAUUUUAUAGAAAGAACGUGGUGUGGAAAGCGAUUAACUCAAAAGUGUAUAGAAUAUAAAGAUCCAGAUCCUUAUACUCUUAAUUUAUGUUUACAUCCUGGAGAUACAUGUAAUGUCUAUGAUUAUUAA